UUUUUUUUCUUUAAUUUGACGAAACGAGAAGAUUGUUUAAAACCUGUCUUCAUGAAGGUUUCAAAUAAAAACAACGAAUCGAGGAAUCCACGGACUAACCGACAGGUUUUUAGUUUCUCGGUCGAUCCGUUCGGUUUCACAACACAAUGUCUUUGUUAUUAGCAUACGUGGUUUUUAAAUAUAUGACAUUUACAACAAUUGGUCAACAACUUAGCCUUCCAGUUAAUUCUAGGUGUUUAUUAUAUAACGGUGAUAUCGGGGUAUGCAAAAGAGUCGAUUUUUGCGCAUCAGCAAGAGAAAUGUUGUUAAAUCAUGAACGACCGAUUGUGUGUAGUUUCGAAGAAACAUCUCCUUUUAUACCGAUCGUUUGUUGCGUACCAGAAAAUGAUUUACCUUAUGAUCCCACCCUUGCGACGUUUACUUUUAAACCAACCACUUCAAUUCCAAAUUUAAAUGAAUCAAAAGAAAAUAAUAGGGACCUAAAUCAAGCUAGUGAUGCAACAACUCGUAUUGAUGGCCAAAAAAGCGCUGAAAAAUGCAGAGAAUAUAAAAGUCUCGAAUACAAAUUUCCUGAUAAAUCUGUAUUGACAACAACAACAACACCAGCGCCGUAUCAAGAAGUUCUUAUUAACCCCCAUAAAUUUAUAACUGGGGGAAUUGAUGCGUUACCUUUAGAGUUUCCCCAUGUUGCUUUGUUGGGGUAUGGGGAUCCAAAUGAUAUUCAUUGGCUCUCAGGGGGUGGCUUAAUAAGCGAAAACUUCAUUUUAACAGCAGCUCAUUGUUUAUCAGCCGAUUUAUAUGGAACAGUUAAAUACGUUCGUUUAGGUGAUUUAGAUAUUCGCUCAAACGACGAUGACGCAUUUCCUGUAGAAUACGAAGUUGCAGAAGUUUUCGAAUUUCCUGAAUAUCGCCCGGAUAGUAAAUAUCACGAUAUAGGGUUGGUUCGAUUAAAAAAGAACGUUGAUUUUAAUGCGUAUAUAAAACCGGCCUGUAUUUAUGUGCCAAGGGAGUUCCCAAAAAAUGUACGAUUUAUUGUGGCGGGAUGGGGGAGGGUUUAUUUCGGGGGGACUCAUCCCAAUAAUUUGCAAAAAGUUGAAUUAAAUAUUACGGAGAUUGAAACUUGUUCUAAAACUUAUAGUAGGCAAACUAACGGAUUGGAAAAUGGGGUGAAUCUUGAUACGCAGAUUUGUGCUGAAGGAGCUGACCCAGGUGGAGAUACUUGCCAAGGUGAUUCGGGGACACCUUUAAAUUUUUUUGAGUCACAAUUGUAUCAAAUUGUGGGAGUUACAUCGUUUGGGAUAAAUUGUGGUAUUGCACCGGCGAUUUAUACGAGAGUGUCUUAUUAUAUUAAUUGGAUUGAAGGAAUUGUAUGGCCUUAAAAUGUUUUAUAACAAUAUUAAGAUUUUUUUCAAUAAAGUAAAUCAACUAUAACAUAAGUACUA